UAUUGCAAUCAGUCUUGUUGGGUCUUUUGCUAGCUCUGUUUUUUUUGUCUUGAAUCAAGCUCGGAACUUGACACGCAGCCCAGCUUCGACAGCUUGCCGAUCACCUUUUUUUAACUAGUAGACUCGUAGACGCGUUAGAAAUGGUGGUUCUGACAGAACAGAUAAUUAAAGGCAAAACACGGUUGGAUAAACUAGAGGAGGUCAGAAAUCUUAACUUAUGGGGUCAAGGCUUGGACGAUUGUACAAUUCUUUCAAAGCUGCCCAACUUGGAAGUCCUGUCGUUGUCGGUGAACAAGCUCACGAGCCUGAAGGACUUCCGCCACUGUACGAAGCUGCAAGAGCUCUACCUCCGCAAAAACGACGUCCGCGACCUGGGCGAGAUCCAGCACCUGGCGGGUCUCAAGGAGCUGCGCGUGCUGUGGCUCUCCGACAACCCCUGCGCCGAGCACCCGCACUACAAGCAGUUCGUGGCGCGCACGCUGCCGCACCUGCACAAGCUGGACAACGAGGACCUCACCUCCUUCAUCGCACUGGACACCCCCGGACCCGCACCCUCCACCGCUGCUGUUGGGGCUGCUUGUGGUGCUGUCGGAGGAGGAGGGCCCUUGGGAGCGGGGCCGGUGUCGAUGCCCAGCCCGCCCUCACCCUAUGCGGAGCAAGUUGGGGUGCGUAACGGCGGCGGCAGCGUAGCGGCCAGUCCGGAACCGAGUGGGCAUGCAGGCGGCGGCGGUGG